CUGCACUCGGCGCAGGGCGUAGAGCCGAGCGCGCGCGCGGGGCGCUGCGAGCGCGCGUGGGGGGCGCAGGCUCACCCACGGAGGUGCUGCAAGUUGAGAGAAUCCUGUAGAGAACUGAAAAUAGAGUUUUUUGGAUUCAGAACUUGAAGCAACACUUAUUCAUAAAGAUAAAAUGCAUACUCUCCAGAGCAGUUGCCCGAAUGAUAGCUAAGCAACACAUUUGAGAGACUGUCACUAUGAAAAUUGUUUGUGUCUAUUGCAUUUGACUAAACCAGCAAAGAGCCGCUUGUUUUGAAAUGCAGCUAAAGAAAAUGAGGGAAAUUUUACCAAAACUGUAUACAAGCCAAGUUAAUGACAUAAAUAAUUCUUUGACUACAUCUCCAAAGCAAGCCAAUGAGGAUGAAGCAAAUCAACCAAAAGGGACUGAAGGCCAGAAUUGUGUCUAUCAAGUGGCUGAAGCUGAGGAUAAGCUGUCAUUGGUCCUUUGUAUAAAGUGUAGAAGUGUGCAAAAAUUUCCAGUGCAUGAAUUACAAAAGCAUAACAAACCCAGGCAAACUGAAGACAAAAACUUCGUUUGCAGCAGUUGUAGUCUGAAUACGCCACCGACUUUCCAUUUUGUAGCUGACAGUGCCACUGCUAUAGAUUUAGAAAAUCAGGAAAAACCAUCCCUAAGUAAAACUCAAAAAACAUUUAAAGUAAAAAACUUUCAACCAGACAAAUAUUACUGCGAUAAAUGUCGAUUUUCAACAAAGGAUCCUUUACAGUAUAAAAAGCAUGCAGUUCAACAUGAGGAGAUUAAGUUUGUUUGCUCCCACUGUAACUAUGUAUCCUACACCAAAGGAGAAUUCCAACGGCAUUUGGUGAAACACACUGGAACUUUUCCAUAUCAAUGUGAAUACUGUGAAUAUGGUGCUGUUAGACAUGAUUAUAUAGUUAAGCAUACCAGAAGAGUACAUGAAACAGUUACUGAGAAGGGGCCAGUGAAUAUGGCUACAAAGCAAGAGCAAAAGAGAUCUUGCUUAUCAAAGAGAAGCACUUUUUCUGACAAGCAGAAGUGUGAUCAAAAAGUUCCUCUUCAGAAUGAGCCUUCAGAUUUAUCAUCAAGAACAACUUGCAGCAAAAUCCAAGAUGAAAUGAGCAAAACAGUUUGUUUGUCUGGCGAUGUAGAAUGUAGCCUAGGUACAGCAUCAGUCCGAGAUAAAACUAUAUUGGAACCAGCUGAAUUAAACAUAUAUGAGAACCAAAAUGUGGAAGUUGAAGUUUAUUCUCCAAAAAAAGAGCCCGUACAGCCUGGAAUGCCAUUAACAGUGAUUGCACCUUCAGAACUUGUAGUUCCUUCUAACUGCUUAGCUCAGUUAUUAGACAUAAAAAUAGUGAAUGGCACACAACAAUUGGUUCUUAAACUUAUUCCUCUGAAAGAAACAAGUAAUAAGCCUAUAAACUGCGAAGAAGAAGAACUCAGGAAUCAAGGUGCAGAACAAAUAGAGAAAGGAAAAAGAAUAACUUCUGUUUCUCAAAAUGAAUUAACCACCGAAGCAACUGUAAAUGUAUCUAGUAUUAGUAACAUGUUUGCUUUAGAUAAUAAAUACAAGAACUCUGAAUGUCUUAAUUCCUCCAAUUCUCAUACUUCAGACUGUAACUCAAAUGUACCUAAGCAGGAUAAAUCAAAAAUAAGUUGCCCUAAAUCCUCAAAUAAGGAAAAAUAUGCAAAAAAUGAUUUAUACUGUUCUAAAGAGACUCUGGACAUGUCCACAUGUGCAUAUGCUGCUUCCUCUGAAGGUGAUGGAUCCCAGACUGUUUUGUUGCAGGCAGCUCAAAGGAGCAACAGUUCCUCUUCAUCUCCUGCCCUUGGAGAAAAGGACAUAUUGCCUUUAAAUGGUGAUGACAAAGAAUGCAGAAGCCACAUCAUUAGCUCUCUGGAAACACAUUUAUUUGAUACCUGUUUAGUUAAAGAAUCUUUUAAAACUUCUCAAGGAGGGGGAGAGUUCUCUUCAAAUAAAAGUGCAUCUUUAGAGGAAUCAAGUGUUGGCUUAAGUAAACUAAACGGAGAGAACUCUGAUUGUCAAAAUAAUCCUUUAGAAGCUUUAGAAUUGCAGAAUGUAGAAAAUAAGGUCAGCCCUCCUGAGGGUCCUGUCAUUUCAUCUGUAUUUUCCCUUAGCUCUGGGGCUGAAAACAUCCCAGAGGGAAUCAAGUGGGAUAAUACUGCAUGCAAUAAAAAGUCAACAACAAUGCUGUGUAGAAAGAUUGCUCAGUUGAUGUCUGCUGCCGAGUGUAAUGUGAAAUCUACAUUGGCUGCUUCACCUAUGCCUGUUAGAUGUUGUGCUUCUAAUAAGAUGCCUUUGCCUCAGGAAACUUUAGCAAACUCUGAAAAAAAUGUCCCUGUUACUGAAUUGGAACAAUUUGCAUCUUCUCUUCAAACACCGCAGAAUGGUGGGAUUGGUAAUGAACUGUGUAAUAAACAACAACCACAAUCACGGUCAGCUACAACAAAAACUAAAAGUAGAAUGACUAAAAACACUCACGUUGCUACUCCAGUGUUCAUUCCAAAAGGGACAGUGCUGAGGGUCCUGAAUGUCGCUAGGAGUGAAAACACAAAAGAAGCAGGAGAUAAGAAUGAAAUGACUUCUGCUACGAUGUGUUGCAACGAAAUGUUUCUACCACGACCAGUUCCUUUCAGCAUUUCUGAGAAACUAAACAGUAACUUUCCUUUGCCCAAUGAGAGUGAACUUAAUGAGCAGUCCAGAAAUCAAAACAUGUCGCUUAGGCACAGACCAAAAAGAGAGGCUAAUGCAAAAAAUAAUAGCAAACAAAACUGUGUACUACUGCAUCAAAAAAGUGAUGAGCUAAGUAAGCAGAGCAAACUUACUUCGAAGGAUCAGCUUCUAUCUAAAAAUAAGGUAAAACAAGCAAAUUCCAGGGAUUAUUUGUCUAAGAAGAAAACAAGAAGCCACUCAGAAACCAGUGGCAUUUCUGAGGCGAUGCUUCUUUUGACAGCAAGACGUCUUAGGCUUGUACCUCUUAGAGAACAUCAGUUGAUAAAAUGCCCUCGUCGUAACCAGCCUGUAGUUGUGUUAAAUCAUCCUGAUGUUGAUUCAGCAGAGGUAAUUAAUAUAAUGAAAAUUGUCAACAAGUAUAAAGGCAAUAUUGUGAAAGUCGUUUUAUCAGAAAGAACGAGUCGUUGUCUUGGUGUGAAACAGUAUAAUAAACGGCUUACGUUUCAGAACUUCGAAACAAUAAGUCAAAUGAAAAAGCAAAACUUUUUAAAAAUGAAGCUAAAAAAGACCCAUAAAAACAGCUACCGGGUUGUGGAAACGUCACCAGCUAAAACACUGCAGUGUAUGUUUAAGUGUUGGUUUUGUGGAAGGAUAUAUGUAGACCAGGAAGAGUGGAUAAGUCAUGGACAGAGACAUUUGAUAGAAGCAACCAAAGGCUGGGAUGUUCUUUCUCUUCCUCUAGAAAGCCACAAGUGAGAAACUGUCAGUUUACUGCUCUUAUUUUAACAUGAGUGCCAUUAAUUUGUUUGGAAAGGGAGACAGAAGUAAAUAUUUUACUGGAGGAUUUUUAUAUUUAGCAGGUGGGAGAGUAGUAAUAGGGAUUACAAACUGUAUGAGAAGCCAGUCUUCAGCACUAAACACUACAUAGCACUCCGAUGCCUGAAAUAAGUGUUACGGCUGUUCCUUGCUUUUUUGAAGGAGACCUGGAAAUGAUAUGCUCUGAAAACAUUCUAGUGUAAUUCUCUUCAAUAGGAUACUAUAUGCAGUAAUGUUAUGUUGCAAGGUCAAUACAGAUUUAAAAUAUCCAACUAUAUGACUAGCUUAGUGGUUCAGAUAUCGGGCAUAAGUCUAAUGAAGAGCAUCUUUGACUCUAUGAAUAAAAAAAUGUUCAUCACAAUUUAGUAGCAAAUUAAAAAAAAAAUGCCAUAGAGGAAGAAACUGGUGCUGAAUCUGAUCAAACUCCAAUUUUAUGGAACAGAAGUAACUCCACUGACUUUAGUGGAGCUACACCAGUGUAAAUGAGGAAUUGGUGAGAUCAGAAUCAGACCCAUUAUGUGGAAUGGCAAUGAAAGCUUGAUUCUGUGUUGUGCAGUCAGGGGCCAAGUUGUGUAUUGUGCCACACAGGUGUGAAGGGGAAAGAGGACACAGGUGACUACUUACUGAGCAAGCAAGCAAGCAGGAGCUCAACUUAAAGUGCUUGAAAUGAGGCCUGGCUUCUUUACUGGUUGGCAUGAUGUGAUUCUGAUGGAUUGUGCUUUAAUGAGUUAGGACCUGACCACACCAACGUAUGCUGUAGGGCGUAAUGAUCAGUGCUAUGUGUAAUCCCAUUAGAAACGUACACGUUCAGGAUAGAGCCUUUAACCAGGACCCCAGCCAGCCUAUCAACUAGUGCAUAGAUGGGAAGAACUAGCUGGAGAAGCAGACUGCUGCUUUGAAAAAAGAGAAGUUAGGUUGCAGAACUCUACAUUGCCAGUACCUAUCCACAUUUUCAGUAGAAUCUUUGUAUUGACAUCCUAAAUGUAAAGAAUUUGAACGUUAGAAUCUACACCUGUAAGCCUCAAUUCAGCAAGCUACUUACCAAUAAUAAUAAUAAGCACAUGCCUAGGCAUACUCCCAUUGAUUGCUGUGUGACUACUCAGUGAAGUCAAUAGGGUGAUUCAUGUGCUAAGUGCCUUGCUGAAUGAAGGUGAGUUUUUAGUGGGGAAAGAGGAUGGAUGAUAGUGAAGUUUAAUAGUUGGCCACUGACGUAUAGAAUUUCCUUGGUUAUCUUGUCACAAAUUGUAAACCAUUUUAUUUUUUAAAAUGUCAUGUACAGCAAGUAAUGACUUGAGCACAUAUUUGCAGUCACAUUUCUACAGGUAAAAAAAUCAUUAAUUUGAUGCUGGAGAUGCAUUAUACAUUUCAACUUUGUAUAAAUGUUUGUAGUUCCUAAUUGUUAACAGUGGAAAAACACAUUUUGUUAAAAAAACAAACAGACAAAAAAUACAACACCUUCCACCCCAAACAACCUACUAGUCUGGGAAUAUUUUUGUUUUUUUAUAGUCUAGAAGAUGAAACAUGCUUUUGAUAAGAUGUUCUGUAUCUGUAUUGAAAUGUAAAUACUUUGAAACUAUAAAGCACAUGUUGAGACUUAGGUCUAAUUUACAAAAACAGUUAUGUGAAACUUUGUCAGAGCAUUUUGCAAUACAAUAUUAAAAUUUUCAGAUAUUUGGUGCUCUCAGAAGGGAGAUCUUGUAUUACUUUGCAACUUUUUGUAUUGUAGUGAGAGGCUAAACUGUUCAGUAGAAUACAUUUUGUAUUCUCUGUUUUUUUUCAGUAAUUAAAUGACAGUUCUUAUUUUGAAAUGGGAAUUUAUAUUUUUUUAGAUAGGUACAGUAGAGAUUUUCACUGUGUUCUUUGAAGCCAAACAUAAUAUUGUUUUAAAUUGUGAAAAUAGUUUCCAUUUCUAAAUUCUGUCAUAUCAGAGUAUAAUAAAUAUUGAAACUGGUAACACAUGAAAAACCACUUCUGGCCAAAUUCUUCCUCACUUACACUCAUCAGCCCAGGCAGAUGUUUGAACUGACUUAAGUUUCUGUAGAAGCUAUUAAGGAAAUACUUUUGAAUCCUCUGUUUGUUUAAGAGAUGUCAUUGGCAAAAUAUGAAUAUCUUUAAUCAACUUUGUAUUCUUAAAAAUGGUGCUGCGUGCAGGAUUAUAAACAGAUUAUAAAUGGGUUUAGUAGUGUUUUUCUUUGUCUAUUUUAGUAAACAAAGAAGAGUCUUUGUAUCUGAAUUGUUAAUCUACAUGUAACUGUUCUCCCUGUAUUCAAUUUACAAAAUAUAACUGUGUUUAUAUUAAAAUGAACAUUUUUAGUAAAUUGAAUUGUAUGGUGACUAUAAAAAUUAGACAGCAGAUCUCAUGCCUCUUUCUCCUGCCAAGGAUAUCCAAACUCAUCCCAGAUGGGUGUGUCUCUAAUUUUUGUUUUUUGAUGUAGUAUUGUCUUUGGUUAGUUUUCCUUCUGGAAUUUUAAUAUUUUUGUGACUUGAGAUAAAGUGUGUGACCCGGAUUCUCUCCUGUGCUGAGCUUUCUUUGACAGAGUAUGCUCCAAGAGAGAGGCUGUCUGGGAGUUGGGUAUGGCUUUCUGUUUCUCAGGGCAGAUCUGCACCUUGAUGAGCCCAGUAGAAAUUAGAAUAGGGGUUGGAAUACCCUAUUAGGGCUCUAUAACAGUUUUUUUUCCUGCAUCCUGCCAGACAAGAUACUCUUUCUUGUUCCUGAUUUGUUAAAGGACCCGUGACUGAUUCUGUUUUCUAUUAUAUUUUAAUCAUCUAACCAAUCUCGUGGGAAGCACGCUUGUGAGACCCACUGAGGGUUUGAGGAACAGAAGCAAGGUUUGCCCUAUACAUUCAAGCUGAAUUUAAACUACAGAAACUGUGCAAAUCUCAAAUGAUGUAAAUAUAUACUAUAUAUUACAUAAGGAAUUCUUUUUGUACAAACCUUUUAGUGUGUGUAUUUUUAAAGUGGCCAGAAUUAUGCUCUAGUGCCUCUGACUAUGAUUUCCUCUCAAGUUUGCAUAGAAUAUGAAUUCAAUGGGACUAAAUGCGUGAGUAAUCUUACCUCCAUAAGGGUUUGAAGAAUUGGGAAUGAAACACAAGCCUCUGUUGCUUGAGCUAAAGAAUAAAUAACUGUUAGUCAUCCCUAGUAGUAAGAUUUAUCUCAUGGAGGCCAGCCCUAAAGUCUGAUCCAGAAUCAUAGAAUCAUAGAUUAUUAGGGUUGGAAUGAACCUCAGGAGGUCAUCUAGUCCAACCCCCUGCUCAAAGCAGGACCAAUCCCCAAAUCCCUAAAUGUCCCCCUCAAGGAUUGAUCCAGUGGUGGCUGAAGUCUGUUGAAAGACUGUAAUUGAUUUCAUGAAUAUUGGAUUGGUCCCCUACUGAGCAAGUGAUUGGAUUGUUUGUUUAAAACCCGCCUGUAGUCUGCCCCAGUAGAGAAAUGAUUAAACAGUAAGCACCAAGUUAGAUGCAACUUUUCUGAGUUUAAAUGCAGGAAUAUUUUGUAAUGCAAUUCUAAUAUAUUACAUUGUUUUGUUUCAUGGAUUUAUUUUGUAUUCCUACUAAUGGAGAGGUUUUGUUAAUAUAAGCAAUCAAACAGUUUCAGUUAUCAGCAAGACAGGCAAAAUAUUGCUUAGAAGUUAGCUGCUUUUCAUACCUUUUUUCUGCAGUUGUACUAUGACAUUUAUUUGUACAUGCAGCAACACCCUCUAUUUGAAGUUUCACUUUUGUAUAUUUCAUAAUUUUAAUCAUGCACAGCAGAGUACAAUUUGAUCUAGUCUCACAUAGGAGAAAUCACAUUUCAUGGAAGUUUCUCAUGAAUACAAUGAAGAGUUCUCAUUCUUGUUGAACUCAAGUCUAAUCUCCUAAUUUCUACACAGAUAUUAAAUAUUA